GCGGAGCUGGACAGCCGCCGCCCGGCCCCGGGAGACCGGCUCCCAGCCCCCUCCCCGCGCGCCCCCCGCACAGUGCUCAUGCGCGCGGCCCAGCCUUUAUAGAUAGCGGCGGUGGGAGCCGGGCUUUCGGCAGUCGGGCGAAGCCGGGCGGAUCCGACUCAGGUCCGAGCAGCACCUUGACUACCAUGUCUGCAGCUUGGAUCCCGGUUCUCUGCCUCGGUGUCUGUCUUCUGCUACUGCUGCCAGAGCCCGCGGGCAGCGAGGGAGCCGUUCCCAUCCCUAUCACAUGCUUUACCAGAGGCCUGGACAUCAGGAAAGAACAAGCAGAUGUCCUCUGCCCAGGGGGCUGCCUCCUGGAGGAAUUCUCUGUGUUUGGGAACAUAGUAUAUGCUUCUGUAUCAAGCGUAUGUGGUGCUGCUGUCCACAGGGGAGUAAUCAGCAAUUCAGGGGGACCUGUGCGAAUCUAUAGCCUACCAGGUCGAGAAAACUAUUCCUCAGUAGUUGCCAAUGGCAUACAGUCGCAGACACUUUCCAGAUGGUCUGCUUCUUUCACAGUGACAAAAGGCAAAAGUGGUACACAAGAAGCCACAGGACAAGCAGUGUCCACAGCACGUCCAGCAACAGGUAAACGACUAAAGAAAACACCAGAGAAGAAAACUGGCAAUAAGGACUGUAAAGCAGAUAUUGCAUUUCUGAUUGAUGGAAGUUUUAAUAUCGGGCAACGCCGAUUUAAUCUACAGAAGAAUUUUGUUGGCAAAGUGGCUCUAAUGUUGGGAAUUGGAACAGAAGGACCUCACGUGGGUCUUGUUCAAGCCAGUGAACAUCCCAAAAUAGAAUUUUACUUGAAAAACUUUACAUCAGCCAAAGAUGUUUUGUUUGCCAUAAAGGAAGUAGGUUUCAGAGGGGGUAAUUCCAAUACAGGAAAAGCCUUGAAGCAUACUGCCCAGAAAUUCUUCACAGCAGAGACUGGAGUGAGAAAAGGGAUUCCCAAAGUGGUGGUGGUAUUUAUUGAUGGCUGGCCUUCUGAUGACAUUGAGGAAGCAGGCAUUGUGGCCAGAGAGUUUGGUGUCAAUGUAUUUAUAGUUUCUGUGGCUAAGCCCAUCCCCGAGGAACUGGGGAUGGUUCAGGAUGUUGCAUUUGUUGACAAGGCUGUCUGUCGGAAUAAUGGCUUCUUCUCAUACCACAUGCCCAACUGGUUUGGCACCACAAAAUAUGUAAAGCCUCUGGUACAGAAGCUCUGCACUCACGAACAAAUGAUGUGCAGCAAGACCUGUUACAACUCAGUGAACAUUGCUUUUCUAAUUGAUGGCUCCAGUAGUGUUGGAGACAGUAAUUUCCGUCUCAUGCUUGAAUUUGUUUCCAACAUAGCUAAGACUUUUGAAAUCUCAGACAUUGGUGCCAAGAUAGCUGCCGUACAGUUUACCUAUGAUCAGCGCACAGAAUUCAGUUUCACUGACUAUAGCACUAAAGAGAAUGUCCUAGCUGUUAUCAGGAACAUCCGUUAUAUGAGUGGUGGGACAGCUACUGGUGAUGCCAUCUCCUUUACUGUUAGAAAUGUGUUUGGUCCCGUGAGGGAAAGCCCCAACAAGAACUUCCUGGUGAUUGUCACAGAUGGUCAGUCCUACGAUGAUGUUCGAGGGCCUGCUGCUGCUGCACAUGAUGCAGGUAUCACCAUCUUCUCUGUUGGUGUGGCUUGGGCACCUCUGGAUGACCUGAAAGACAUGGCCUCUAAACCGAAGGAGUCGCAUGCUUUCUUCACAAGAGAGUUCACAGGAUUAGAACCAAUUGUUUCCGAUGUCAUCAGAGGCAUCUGUAGAGAUUUCUUAGAAUCUCAGCAAUAAUGGUGACAGUUUUCACAACUGAAAGAAAAAGUGCAAGGGGAUAUAAUGUAUAAGUUGUAUUCCAGAAAUACUGAAAUACUAUACAGCAUACUAAGAUUGGAUACAAAAUAUUACAUUAAAGAUGCCCAAAAUGUAAGCAAAUAAGCAUUCAUUUGAAGCUACCUUCUAAUGACAAUUUAGACUCAGCUGUUCAAAACACUCUGCUGAGACUUCAUCACGACCCUUAGAAACUAAGAAGAUAUCAUAGAUUAAAACUUUAAGAGUUCUAUUUUAACAUGCAUAUUAAAUGUAUACAUAUGCAAAUUCUAUAGCUUAAUAAAAGAGCCUGAUAUUUAGACCAUAA